CUAUAAUGUCACACAUCCGAUGUCUUUGGUUGUGUCUGGGUUAUUUAAUGGUUCUCGUCGACUUCAUUCAACCCUCUCAGAUGAAUGUUUGUCGACGUCAGCAGGUGGUUCCUUACACGAGAAAUGUCUACAGGAGUAGAUCGGUACCUUACCAGAUAAAUUCUUUCUGGAGAGGUUGGCAGACGAAAUACCGCACGGAGUAUUACACAGAAGAUGAGAUUGCCUAUAGAUCUGAAGUGACUUCCGUUUGCUGUGAGGGCUACGAAGGAUCCAUUGAGAACUGUCAACCUGUCUGCAGAGAGAAGUGCCCUGCACAUGGUUUCUGCUCAUCUCCCAAUACUUGCAGUUGCCACACGGGCUACGGCGGAUCCGACUGCCAUCCAAUUUGUCCGGCGGGAUGCGGAAAAAACGAGUUUUGCGAUCAGCCCGGAGUCUGUAGCUGCCAAAGUGGCUACAAUCGAGCUUCUAGCAGCGACAAUUGCCUUCCUGUUUGCCGAGAGGAAUGUGGACACCAUAGCUUUUGCUCGGAGCCCGGAAAAUGCGAGUGUGAGCCUGGGUACGGGAAAAUGGAUAGCGGCAGCGCCUGCCAUGCCGUUUGUUCGCCCAAGUGUGGGGAAAACGCUCGAUGCCAGGAGCCACAACUGUGCACCUGUCUAGAUGGAUACAAGGCCGAUUCAAAUGGAAAUUGCUUGCCAUUCUGCCAGAAAGAUUGUGGCCAAAACAGCCGAUGUGUGAGGCCAGGAGUGUGCGAGUGUGAAAAUGGAUAUGCCGGUGACGAAGGAGACACCAAUUGCCGACCUGAGUGCUCCACUUGUCCGGAGAACGGAAUUUGCUUGAGUCCAGGCGUUUGUGUCUGCAAGCCAGGUUACAUGAAGAGAGAUGAUCGCUGCCAGCCGCAUUGCGAGGAAAACUGCCCCGAUUAUGGACGCUGUGUGGCGCCAAACCAGUGCGAGUGUUUUCCGGGCUAUGAAUCGUCUGGGGCCGACAAAAAAUGCGAUCCCAAGUGCAGCAAGGGAUGCUCAAAUGGCUUUUGCUUUUCCCCGGAGACGUGUGUAUGCAAUAUUGGUUACCUAAUGGGUCCCAAUCAAGUUUGUGAGCCACAAUGCAGCCUAAACUGUAUUCAUGGCAAGUGCACCAGCCCAGAAACCUGUUCCUGCGAUCCGGGAUAUCGUUUCCAGAACAACUCCCACCACGUUUGCGAUGCAAUUUGCGACAGUGGCUGCAGCAACGGAGACUGUGUGGCACCCAAUAUUUGUAUAUGCCACGAUGGCUAUCAACCCAAUAACACAAAUCCUGUCACUUCUAUGUGUCAGCCCGUCUGCGAGGACUGCAAGUUCGGAGACUGUGUGGCGCCGAAUAAUUGCCAGUGCAGUAUAGGCUACGAGAAAGUCAACGGAGUCUGCGAGUCCCAAACCACGACAGACCCCAACGAAUACAGCACCACGACAGAAGAUUCCCAAACCUCAACUGCCGACCUGGACCCACACUCCAUAACAACACCUAAUGCAAUAGGGACACCAUCCAGCGAGGUUCCCCACUCUAAUUGCACUGCCGGUUGCAUGUGCUGGAUUGAAUAUGAUGGGAUGGGCACUUUCAAUACGGCCAAGUGCGCCAAGAUCUGCGUGGAUCCCCAGGACAAGCCGUGCCUCGAUUUGGAUAAUUGCCACUGCGAUCUGCCGAGUGGCCAGCUGGUGUGCCAAGAGGAUAGUAGCGUGGACUACAGCGGGGAGAAUUCGCGUUACGUCUGCCACAUGUUGCAAGCGAAGAAAGCGAGAUCAGAGGCCGAGGCACGGAUUCCUGAGCGAACAGAAUCGUCCCACAAAUGGAUGGUUAUCAUGGGCUCCUGCGCUGGAAUGAUCCUUGGUGUGGCCGUCGCAAUUGUUGGCACAAAGUACUAUCGACGUUCUACCUCUACGCAAAAUUUUGAAGUCGAACAAGCCAUCUAUGAAAGUGAUUUGGAAUAACUUAUACUCAAUCAUAAUUACUCAUCCUUGCAAAGUCGGUUGUAAAAUUGUUAAACUACUU